CCCACAGCCCCCGCGGAGAGGCUGGAUGAGGAGGGUCCCCUGAGCCAGGAGCAGCUGGUUCCCUGGGAGAGCCACGGCGUGGCCGGGCCGAAGGCGGCCGGGGCAGGACUGGGGGAGUUCUCCCUGGGGGAUUUCAAGCCGGUGGUGGUGCCGGUGGAGGCUCGCCCCGCCCCGGGGCUGCCCUUCCCCAUGGAGCACGCGCUGGGCGCGGGGACGGAGCAGCCCUUCGCCCUUCCCCAGGGAAUGCCGCUGGGAGAAGACCCCGGCGCCGAGGGGGCCUCGCCGCAGCCCGGCUGGGAGCAGCACGAUCCCUGCGCCGCCGGGGACGAUCCCAGGGCGCUCCCGCCGGGCUGGAAGAGCGUCCGGCUGACGCGCAACCUCCUGGCGCGGCAGCAGAGGAAGAGCAACGGCUCCUUCAUCUGCUCGUCCUGCGGGAAGAGCCUGGCGCACCACGCGGCGCUGCUGCGGCACCAGCGCCUGCACACGGGCGAGAGGCCCUUCCAGUGCCCGGACUGCGGCAAGAGCUUCAACGAGAAGUCCAACCUCAACAAGCACUACCGGAUCCACACCGGGGAGCGGCCGUACCGCUGCCCCUCCUGCGGGCAGGGCUUCGUGCAGAAGCACCACCUGCAGAAGCACCAGCGCAUCCACGGGCCGCCGCGGGGCGCGUGGCCGGGCCGGCCGGCGCGGGCCAGCGCCGCCGGGGAGCGGCUCUACCGCUGCAUCGAGUGCGCCGAGAGCUUCCCCCAGAAAGCGUCGCUGGAGGAGCACCAGCGCCGGCACACCCAGCAACGGCCCUUCCAGUGCCACGGCUGCACCAAGAGCUUCCGGCACCGGCAGUCGCUGAACCACCACCAGAAGGUGCACGCCGUGGCCGGCUCCCCGGCCGGCAGCUUGCCGGGACACAAGCGGGAGCUGGAGCCCUGCGAGGCUCUGGGCCAGGACAGUCGGUAGCCGCAGGGCUGGAGGAGGGAAGGCAGCUGGGGUCACAGCACCGAGGGACUUGUGGCACCGCCGGGGGCUCCAGGAGGAGGAGGAGGAAGGAUGUGCUGCCUGGGCAGGGAAGGGCCCCCAGGGACUGGUCACGAGGCAGCAGAGGAGGGUCAGUGGCUGGAACCGAGCCAGGCGGUGCCGCUGCCCCGUGGAUUCAGCAGAGGAGUGGCUGUGUUGGAUCUCGGGGAAUGGUGGAAUUGAACACUGGGUUGUUUGAACACUGCCAGCCUGGACAGAGGUGGCCUGGGAGUGGUUGCUGGCCUGGGGAGGUUGAUGAUCUGGGAGUGGUCAGUGUCCCCAGGGUGGUUGGUGGCCCAGGUCAGUGGCCUGGAUGCACUGCGGGGGGCUGGGCUGCAGUUGGAAUCAGUGGAUGAACCAGGAAGAGACUUGGAUAAAAGA